UUGAAGUAUUAUUAUUAAAAAUUUAGAAAAACUAUAAAACGGGCCCACUGGUCAUUCAAUUUAUCAGUCCAACAUUAGACUAUUCUCAAUAUGCUGGCUCUUCGCAUCCUUGUUGCUCUCUGCUUUCUUACUGCCGUAGCUACCAUAACCUUGAACCUCUGUCAAGAGUUCUGUGCAGGUGUCAACGGUGGAGAAUCCUACGAAAACUGUUCUCCGUGGUUGAGCUAUGCUACUGCUAAGAACAAGACUUGCUACAAUCUCUGUGUGCAUAACUGUGCUGCUGUCUAUGAUGGAUCGUGCAUCAAUGACCGUAGAUUCAAAUGUUGUCUUGCAACAUUCCCAGCAAAGAAACAAGAAUUCAAGAUGACAGGAUGCAACCGUCGUUACCUCAAUCUCGGAUAAUUCUCAAAAUUUUCAGAUAAAAUAAACGUUUUAAAAGCAUUA